CCCCCGCCGAAACCUGAUUCUCGACUUUCCUCCCCCCAAAAAGGCUACCCUAUAGCAACCUUGAAAGCGCCCAUGACCUUCAAGACGAGCAUGACUGCACCAGUUGAUCGGAAGCAGGAUUUAUUCCAAGAUAUCGGGACAAAAGUUGAGAGCGUUGCGGGUGGCGCUGCCGGCUUGGUCGAAAAUGACGAGGACCAGACAAACAUUGAGGAGCCUCAAGUCGUCGACAACAUUGAAUCACUAUGCAUGAAUUGCCACGAACAAGGCACAACCAGACUCCUCCUUACUCGAAUACCCUUCUUCCGCGAAGUAGUGAUCAUGUCCUUCGACUGCCCACACUGCCACUUCCGCAGCAACGAGAUACAAUCUGCUGGAGUGAUCCAGGAGCGUGGGUGCGUUUACACCUUCACCGUAGAGUCAAAGCUCGACCUCGACCGCCAGCUUGUCAAGUCCGAAACCUGCAUGGCUAGGUUUGUCGAGCUAGAUUUGGAGAUACCGGCCCAGCGGGGCCAAUUAACUAAUAUCGAGGGUCUGCUAAGCCUUGUGCUAGAGGACCUAGCCGCCGACCAACCGGUCCGGAAAAGUCUGCAGCCCGAGUCGUACGAAAAGAUCGAGGAUUUUAUGAAGAAAGGAAGGAAAAUGCUCGAUGGUGAUUCACUCCCUUUUUCUAUCAAGCUGGACGAUCCUGCUGGGAACUCGUGGGUUGAGCCGAAGCCGGAUGAUUCUAGGAAUAAGUGGGUUCGUCAGGAUUAUGUCCGCACGCCUGAGCAGAAUGCUGCAUUGGGAUUGGCGGAUACCACGGUGCAUACUUUCCCUGCGAGCUGUCCCAGUUGUGUUAGGCCUUGCUAUACACACAUGAAAUUGGUCGAGAUCCCACAUUUCAAAGAAGUGGUCAUUAUGAGCACUGUCUGCGAUGAUUGUGGAUAUAAGAGCAACGAAGUAAAAACUGGAGGAGCAGUCCCCUCAAAAGGCCGUGUCAUAACUCUCAAAGUAGAAGAUGAGGACGACUUAGCUCGCGACAUCCUCAAGUCCGAAACCUGCGCGCUCCAAUGCCCAGAACUCAACCUCGAUCUCACGCCUGGCACCCUCGGCGGCCGCUUCACAACCCUAGAAGGGCUCCUAACCCAAGUCUACGAUGAUCUCCACCAUCGCAUCUGGGGCGACGUCCACGGUGAGAGCUCAGACUCCCUAGACGAGCAGACUAGGGACCGCUGGGAAGAGUUCUUCGUCGGUCUCAGAGACGCCAAGAGUGGGAAGAGGAAGUUCACUUGCAUCCUCGAUGACCCGUUGGCUGCUAGUUAUGUUCAGAACUUGUAUGCGCCGGACCCGGACCCGCAAUUGACGAUUGUUGAUGUGGAGAGGACGAAGGAGCAGGAGGAUGAUUUAGGGAUCUCGGAUAUGGUCACUGAGGGGUAUGGGGAGAAGGAGCCAGAGAAACAGGGGGAGUGA